AUGAAAACUGAGGAGUUCAAGUUUUUACGUUUCUGGCUACAAAUUGGUCUCACCCCAGGUAUCAAGUUCAGUAGUGUGAUUCAACACGAUGAACUGGCAGCAUUGAUUGUCAAACAUGUGAUGGGCCCUGCUAUUGAAGGCCUUGAAGGCACUUUACAUGGUCAUGACACCAUAGAUGUUGAUAAAGCCAUCAAAUACCUCAACAAUUGUCAAUACAGUGAUAAGAUUGCUAAGAUCCUCCAUACCUUUUAUGCUUUCUUAGAAUUGUGUUGUCCCAGAAUCACUGCGGCUAUUGGUGAUGAUGGAAACUUUGAUAACACAUCAAUGGUUUUGAGGAUGUUUGCUCCACCCAAGAAGGCUAUUGUGACCAAGUGUUUUGGUGACUUAGACUGA